AUGGCCAUUGAUACCCUUGUGGGUGUGAGCCUUGGUGGAGGCUGGGGUAUCGCUGAACAAAUCGGAGGAACAUCUUUUUCAGAUAAUGUUUUCAUCUGUCGACCUAUCUUACAGAUGGUCGACGCUGAAGUUCAUCAUUAUAUCUUACUCAACAACUUGGCAUCACACUCCAAAGAUCCACCUAGCCCAACGACAGUAAAAACGAGUAAGACGGUGACAAUCCCCUCGCUGAUCACAGAUUUUAUUACAAAGCUCGAAGGAGACUACCCUAUGACUAGCUCGGUUAUCAAUCGCGCAGCUAACAAAAUUGGGUAUCGAUCCCCAAAUACUGAGGGGACGGCUGGUAGUACAACCAGUAGAAUAUGUCCUUCCUGUAGAUUACCAUCGGAUCCUUGCGCCAAUUCCUGGAAAAAGUCAAUCACACUAGCAUCACACUCGACUACAGAACCCACUCUUCAGUCAAAACCUGAUGAAACGACAAUGAACCUUGCGGAUCACCUUUGCUACUCAUGUAUGGGUACAUUUUGUGACCAAUCUUUACGGCCUUCUUCCACUAUUCAAUCUACUAGUCCACAUCUAUGGACACAAUUUCCAGAUUAUGUAUUAGACUCAAUUGAUCAAGAAGGAAAAACUCAAGAGACUAGGAAUUAUGAGGAGAUGAGAAAGAAGAUUGAGGAUUAUCUGAUUGACCCGGAUUCAAUUUGA